CUAUCAGCUCUGUUCUUCCUGUUUACUAGUAAUGUGGAUGAGUAAUAUUGUUUCCUAGCACGGACCUUACAUUGCGGCUUCUUCAGGGUCAUGAAUACAGAAUGUCAGGCUUAAUCCUAAUUCUCCUGUGUGCACCGACAGUGUAUUCUGACACUCACACUCUGCGCUAUUAUUACACCGGGAUCUCCGCUCCAGGGUCCGGGCUGCCUGAGUUCUCCAUAGUAGGAUAUGUGGAUGAUCGGGAGAUAACAAAUUAUAACUCAGACAGCGGAACAGAACAACCCAAGGUCCAGUGGAUGGAGAAAGUGGAGCCGGGAUACUGGGAGAGAGAGACACAUAUCGCUAAAAGAACUGAACCAGAGUUCCAACAUGAUGUGAAGACAGCGAUGAGACGCUUCAAUCAAACAGAAGGUUUCCAUUCCUACCAGGUGAUGUACGGCUGUGAGCUGAGAGAUGACGGCAGUAUCUUGGGGUACGAGCAGCACGGAUAUGAUGGUACAGAUUUCCUAUACCUGGACACACGGACGUGGACAUAUAUCCCCACCAUGGCCCAAGCUCAGAUCACCACGGAGAAAAUCAAUAGUCCAGAGAUACAAGCGGGGAAGAAUUGCAAACAUUAUCUGGAGAAUGAAUGUAUUGAAGCUCUGAAGAAAUACGUCAAGUAUGGGAGAGAAGAUCUGGAGAGGAGAGUUCGGCCAGAGGUAAAGGUAUCCGGUCAGGAAGGCGAUGGGAUUCUGACUCUUCAUUGCCAGGCGUACGGAUUUCAUCCUAAACCAGUGGAUGUGAAGUGGAUGAAGAACGGGGUGGACGACCUCCCCACAUAUCAGACCACACAUGUCCUCCCCAAUCCUGACGGCACCUAUCAGAUCCGGGUCACUGCGGAAGUGAUCCCCAAAGAGGGCGACAGCUACUCCUGUUAUGUGGAUCACAGCAGCCUGGGGGAGGAGCCGCUCCUUGUCAAAUGGGAACCUGCAAAGCCGAGUUCCUGGGUCAUCCCUGUGGUCCUAGUUGUGGUGGUCAUCGCUCUUCUUGGUGUUGGCAUUGGAGGAUUUCUCCUAUAUAGAAAAAAGAAACAAGACUACAAAGCGACCAGCACUUCAGAGAAUUCAUCUGACUGGUCCGAUAAUGCUGCCAAAGCCUAAUGAAUUUAAUGGAUAAGCUUCAUGCAAAUUUGGAAAAAGUGUGUAUUCUGGCUGCUACAUCUAUCAGCAGUUUUGCAAAGCUUUCUCACUUAAAAAAUCCCCUAAUAAGGGGAAAACAGAUCAUAGUGCGGCCACCACAUGUGGUUCUGCUCCACAUCACGUCCCAGAUACGAAGAUCAUAUUUGUAUUAUGUCUGGACGGUCACAGAGACAUGUCAGAAGAUCACAUCGCUGGAGCUCAUGGCCUCGGAGCAUCAACAAUAUCCAGACCCAAAGGUUCUACAGAGAACUUCAGCCUCCAGAUCACUUCUCAGAUGUGUGACGCCACCAACACCAUAAAAUCACUGGGCUAGAGCUUGGCUUACAUAAUGUGUAUCAAGUUUUAUUUGCAUUUUAUUUGUUCUAUUUUAUGGUGAGAUUUAUUAACCCCUUUACACAACAGCCUGUUUUGACCUUAAUGACAAGGCAAAUUUUCAAAAUCUGACAAGCGUCCACUUAUUUGGUAAUAACUUUGGAACGCUUUUACUUAUGAAAGCGAUUCUGAGAUUUUUCGUGACAUAUUGUACUUUACAUUAGUGGUACAUUUUGAUUUACCGUAUAUAAGCCGACCCGAAUUUAAGCCGAGGCACCUAAUUUCACCUCAAAAACCCAGGAAAAGUUAUUGACUCGAGUAUAAGCCUACAUAAUCCCCCCUGUCAUCAUCCAGACCCCCGUGAUUAUCACCCUUAUCAUCAUUACCCUGUCAUCAUCCCCCUUCAUCAUCAUCACCUGUCAUCAUCCCCCCUUCAUCAUCAUCACCCUGUCAUCAUCCCCCCUUCAUCAUCAUCCCCUGUCAUCAUCCCCCCUUCAUCAUCAUCCCCUGUCAUCAUCCCCCCUUC